AGCAACUUCGGCGCAAAUAAGUUCUGCUAUUAACUAGAACGGUAUCGCAUUAGCUCUUAAAGAGACAGAUGGAAGCGUCAAUGAAGCCGGUGAAAGGUGCGGGAGGCCGCGGAGGAGGAGAGAGAAAAAAGGCAGUCACGAAAUCGAUCAAAGCGGGCCUCCAAUUCCCAGUCGGUCGGAUCGCCCGGUACCUUAAAAAGGGUCGCUACGCUCAGAGAACGGGCACUGGGGCCCCCGUUUAUAUGGCCGCCGUUUUAGAGUAUCUCGCCGCCGAGGUGUUAGAGCUGGCGGGGAACGCAGCACGUGACAACAAGAAGAACAGGAUAAACCCGAGGCACGUGCUAUUGGCAGUAAGAAACGACGACGAAUUGGGGAAACUUCUACAAGGUGUAACAAUCACAAGCGGGGGUGUGUUGCCAAAUAUCAAUCCAAUCCUCCUGCCCAAAAAGGCCGUAACUGCUGAUGCUGACAAAGCUUCAAAGUCUCCUAAAAAGGCUUAACUUUUGUACAAAAUUACAACAAUAACAUUAAUAAAUUUUUUUUCUUCUUAA